AUGGCGGCGGCGGCGGAGGGGCCGCGGCUGCGGGAACGGGAGCGGGAGCGGGAGCGGGAGGAAGCCCGGGACGAGGCGCGGGACGAGGCCGCGGCCGGCGCUGAGGAGACGGUGAAGAUCAUCUGCCUGGGCGACAGCGCCGUGGGCAAGUCCAAGCUGCUGGAGCGGUUCCUGCUCGACGGCUUCCGCCCCCAGCAGCUCUCCACGUUCGCGCUGACGCUGUACCAGCACCGCGCCCGCGUGGGCGGGCAGGAGGUCCGCGUGGACUUCUGGGACACAGCGGGCCAGGAGCGGUUCCAGAGCAUGCACGCCUCCUACUACCACCAAGCCCACGCCUGCAUCAUGGUGUUUGAUGUGCAGCGGAAGGUCACCUACAAGAACCUAAACAGCUGGUACAGGGAGCUGAGGGAAUUCCGCCCGGAGAUUCCCUGCAUUGUGGUGGCCAACAAGAUUGAUGCGGAUAUGAAGGUGACCCAGAAAAGCUUCAACUUUGCCCGGAAGUUCAGUUUGCCCUUUUACUUCGUGUCUGCUGCCGACGGCACCAACGUGGUGAAGGUCUUUAACGACGCCAUCAGACUGGCCGUGGCUUACAAACAGCACUCGGGAGACUUCAUGGACCAGGUCCUGCAGGAGCUGGAGAGCUUUGACCUGCAGAAGACGAACGAGGAUUUGUCAGAUAAAGAGAAGAGCUGUCCUGAAGAGGAAACCCCAUCUGCCUAAACCUGGACCCUGAGCCUGGUUUUCCUUUGCCACUGGACUCUGAGUCCGGUUUCCCUUGGCAUUGCAUUUCUGGGGCCUGCACAGAGAACAGUGAUGUUUCUCAUGCCCUGGAGCUGUGAUGAUGGGCAGCUGGGCCUCUCCCUUCUUGUGAGAGCCCUUCUGGGCAGGAUCUCCCUUGGCUUGGCCCUCACACUCACUCAAGCCGAAGACCGAAUGUGAACAGCCCAGCAGACUGACAGACAGAGCAGGGACUUUCCCAGCCCAUGGGUGCACUGAGCAGGGCUGAAAACACAGUUAAUGAGGAGCACAGAAACUUUAUUUUGACACCUCGGUCACGUCAGCAUCGGUGUGGGUGCAGCGGAGCAGCGCGGGCAGGACAGAGCAGCCUCUGGCCCCAAGGCUACCUUUGGCCCAACAGGAAAUGGCCAUGGCCCACUGUAGCCCUGGAUCCCGCUCAUCCCGCUGCUUAAGCCUUUUUGUCCUUCAGGAAGCGCAGGAAGUCCUGCAGCAGGUUCAGGAAUUGCACCAGGAUGAGGAGUGGGAA